AUGGAAUGUGAGAUGCUGCGUUGCAUUGUGUCCUGUUGCCUAGUGGGAGUGAGAAUUGAGGCCUCCUUGCCUCAUAAGAACUGCAUUCAUGCUUUGGUCCAAGCGCGGAAAGAUAUCCAGAUGGAGGAGGACUACUACCUUGAUGAAAAAGUUUUCUAA